AUGUUGGACGACACGGAUUACAAUGUGGCCGGAAAGGGCCAGGAGCCAGGUCGUAAGCCCCGGUCAAGGCUAGAUCGCCCGUGUGACCUUUGUCGAAGACACAAACAUCUCUGCGCAAUCGAGAUCAAAGGACAACCUUGUCUAGGAUGUAAAGCUCGCAAUGUGACAUGCACUUUUGACCUACCCACAACAGCUCGUAAAAGAAAAAGACCAGAUCCCAUCGCGGCGGACAUGUCCUCUGGCACAAAUCAGGUGUUAGGGAAUGUAGAAACAGACUCAUUGUCAUCGUCACGACGGCAACACGAUCUAGCGUGGUCACCGACUGCGGCUAUCUCGACGAAUUUCUCAUCAUCUCAAUCCUCCACUCUUGGGUAUCCUCAACAAAGCAUCAGAACAGGCUCGGAUUUGAAUAGCGCGUCUAUUAUAUUUAAUAAAGGUCUUGUGGGGGGAUUCCAAUCGCAGCACGAUGGAAAUUUAGAUGAGAAUGAUAUAUGGUCAGAACAAGGAGCAGAACUGCCCUUGAAUCACCAUGCAUCCCUUGACAUGAACGAAAACGAUGGUCAAGAAUCGCACUUCAUUGGAUCAGGGGCUAUCUCCAACUUUGUACACAAUCCUACAAGCUCUUUCACCGUCCCACAGAUCUAUGGAAUCCUAUCGUUCCGUCAAGUGUCUUCAGAUCCGGCCCUACCAGUCUUCUUCGUCAAGCAUCCUGCACUACUGUAUGGACGAACGCUCAAUAGUUCACGCGCUAUUUACGACAAAGUCUGUAGUCUAUGUGAACCAUACUGUCAAGAUAUCUCUUCGAAAACCCUUUUCACGAUACAACAGAUGUUACUUCCUGCUCUUCCCAUUGUUAACUCAAAGCGACUCGAAACUUCUUCUCUGGGACACUCCGGCAGUGGACCUAUACCGUACGCUAUACUGACCGGCUUGAUCGCUCACUCAACAGCUUAUAUUCCUGAAAUCCGUGCCAUACAUCAAGAUCUAUGGCACCGUGCUUUGCUGGCUCUCGACGACGAGUAUAGGCAGCCUCGAUUGGCAACUCUGCAACUCGCCCUCCUUCAACUGUACUCACGUCCACCAGAGCGAGGUGAAAAUUCGGGUCAAUUAACGAUUGGGCUUGCAAGGGCCAUUGGGACAGCGCAUCUACUUGGACUGCACAUGGACCCUACAGACUGGUCGUUACCUAGAUGGGAAAUUAGACUGAGAAAGCGCAUAUGGUGGUCAUUGGUAAUUCAAGAUAAGUGGAGGGCUUUGCUGUUCGGACGGCCCAGCUACCUUCACACCGCGACCCACACAGUGCAAAUCCCGACGAUGUCAGAUGGAGAUUGGGGAAACCUCACCUCUCCAACGGAUCGAAUAUCCAUGUCUACUUUCAUAGCGACUUGUCAACUCACCAUCGUAGUAGAACUCGCACAAGUCAAUCUCAAUCUCCCACCAAGCGCGCUGUGGGUGAGCUCAAUUGGCAGUAGUGCAGAGAAAUAUCCUACGGGAGUUCAUUCGUUCCACCUUUCGUAUUUGGGCCUGACUGUCUUCAUCCGCCGUCUGAUCCUGGACAGUGUGAGCGCUGAUAUGCCCCUGCAGGCGGUAUCAGCUCUCUCGCUCGCCUAUCAGUCAUGUCAGGAGGUAAUUCAUAUGAUUACGUCACUUACCCUGUCGGAUCAGGAGACAUACUGGGCACCAUAUACGUCCCACCACAUCUCCAAUACCGUGGCCCUUCUUCUUCGUGUGGCCGCACGUAGUCAGGUGUCCGUUCCCGAAGUAUAUGGCAAUGCGAUUAACGCCGUCAGCUCAUUUGUUCGCCUAUUGACACAAAGGUAUCAUGACAAUCCGUGGGAUGUUGUUGGCACCGCUUUACGACGUCUUGCAUCGCUGCUAUUACUAGCUUAUCAAGAUUUCCCCGAGAUUCGUGAUUCAUACCGAGACGUCGCUUUUGUGCUCCAUCUUCCAGUAAUUGACGAUGUACAACCUCAGCGGACUGGUAUUCCGCCUCUUGAGCACGAAGAACUUGAGCUCAUAUCUCAGCUCAUCAAUGACCCAGAUUGGUUGACCGCCCUUGGGCUCUGGAACGACUCAUAG